AUGGAGCCACUGGAGCUUCCUGAGCCACACGUUCCGCAGAUGGACUCCGACGAGGAUGACGCAGACUCUGAUGACAUUCAGGUGAUUCGCCUGAACAAUCCACAGAUGGCAAUACUAUUGGAUGCGCCUCACGAGCCCCCUCUUGCGCCCAUGCAGUUGUUGGCUCCUAACGAGGAACAGCCGCUGCAGCCGCUGAAGAAACGCAACUUCUAUACCAUGAGCAGCGCCAAUCAAGCGGAGUCGGAGAUGUGCGGGCUCAUGCAGAAUGUUAUGCGCGCCAUGAAAGAGGCCCGGCCCGAAAACCCAAGGGAGUUCUUCGCCAACUACAUGAUGGAGAAUUUGAACAGCAACAACUAUCCGAAAGGAGAAGGUCUUCCGGAUCGGUGGGGACAUUUCUGA